AUGACAUUUUGACUUUUUUUUUAUUUUGCUUAUGUCAAAAGUUUGUUGUGAUGUGAAACUUAAAUCUUAGUUUUUGGCUUUGUUUUACUGUUUUACAUUAAUUUUCAUUGGUUCUAGCGCCUAAAACGCUUAGUUCAAGCAGUUAAAACUUUAAAAUGCUUCCUGUGCAAAGAUUUUUAAUUAACGAGUUAGAAAAUCGGCAGCGAAUGAUGCCGAAUGUAAGAAAGUCGUCUUGAAAAACGAGUGAUGAGAGACAUGAGCGACCCUUUUGCAUUACCAGACCGCAGAUUUUCGGAACUCUUCGGGUUAAAUAAAGACCUAGUGACAUAUCUUUUUAACAAUUUAGUUCCGCACUUGGAGCAGGAGCAGAGGCAGACUCGUGUUCCACGAGAAACAAGAAUUUUAAUUGCAUUAAGGUUCUUUGCUACAGGCAAUUACCAACGGGGCGUGGGAGAGGAAUUUAUUCUAUCUUCAAGUCAGCAAGUGGUAAGCAGAUGCAUAGAAGAGGUUGCACAAUGCGUUUCUAAUCAUUUGGAACCACUAUGGGUAAAAUUUCCUACUGGCAAUGAAACAAGAAAUCAGGUAAAAGCCAGUUUUAUGGAAAAAGCUGAUUUUCCGGAUAUAACUGACUGCAUUGACUGUACUCACAUAGCAGUUUUGGCUCCUUCAGAGGAAGAACAUAAUUAUGUUAACCGCAAAGGUUUCCAUUCUAACAAUGUUCAAAUUAUUUGCGAUUCAGAUUUGCAAAUAACGAACAUUAACCCAAGAUAUCCAGGAUCAACUAAUGAUGCCUUCAUAUGGAGACCCUCUCAGGUGAGACGCUUAUUGAAAUCUGAAUAUGAUAGAGGUGAAAGAUCUAACUGGCUCUUAGGAGAUUCUGGGUAUCCUCUGGAACCAUGGUUGAUGACACUACAUGAAAAUCCUGACCCAGAGAUCCCUGAAGGGCGCUACAAUAGGUCUCACAAGAUAACACGAAGCAUCAUUGAAAGGUGCAAUAAUAGACUAAAGCAGGUGUUUAGAUGUCUUUUGGGAGAACGAAAGCUUCGAUACAACCCACAAAAAGUUGGGCAUAUAGUUAUUGCUUGUGCAGUACAUCAUAAUUUAUGCAUACCUGCUGGAGUCGAGUUUGAAAUAGAACCCCUAGCUGAUAAUGUUAAUGUUAUACAUUUUUGUAGAUAUUGUGGAUGUGCUAUGAAGCCUGCCUAUUUCACAGGUUGAUAGAAAUCUAAUUUAUUUUCCAGUCUGGUGGUUAUAAUUCGAGCAAACAGUUUGUAAAAGUAACUUAAAAGGCUUAUUGAUCUUAGAGACCUAACCUCUAGUUGUGCUAUCUCCUUUUUGUGAAGCAUGAUUACAAUAAAAUUAUGCCAAUA